CAGAGUAUGAGAGAGGAGGGCAAUGGACGGUACUUUUGCUGUUCUUGUUGCCCCGGGGCGAGGGCACGGCGGCAGCGAGGAGCAAUUCGGUGCGAUGGCGCCGUGGUGUUCUUGGCGCGCGGAGUGAGCGCCGCUCGCUGGACCGAGUGUUUUUGGCGAUGGAUCCAUCGGCAGGGUAGGGCUCUAGGUAUUUCGGGGUUGCCAUUUUUUUAGAGGAGGCAAUGCCUAUUCUUGUCGUGGAAUGAGUGUAGAGGAAUUGCCGGGCUUUUGAUUGAUCUCCUCCUUGCUCCAGGGAGCGAUCGGGGUGAGGAAUUUUGGGAAAGGAUGCGAUGAGUACCAUAAAGCUGGGGGCAAAUGCCAAUCUCUCGGAGGCGAAAGGCCGCUCUUGGUGCGUGGCGACGGAGCUACAAAGUGACAUCGUGGUGGAGGUGAAAGAUGUGAGGUUCCAUCUUCACAAGUUUCCACUGCUUUCUAGGAGCGGCCUUCUCAACCGCUUGGUGUUUGAGUCCCGGGACACGCAAAAGAACCGGAUACGACUGGACGAAGUUCCCGGCGGCCCCGAGGCGUUCGAGCUGGCAGCAAAGUUCUGCUAUGGAAUGCCCGUCGACAUGGACGCCUCCAACGUGGCGGCGCUGUGGUGUGCCGCGGUUCACCUGGAGAUGACGGAGGAUCUGGAGGACGGGAACCUCGUGUCCAAGGCCGAGGCUUUUUUCAACACCGUCGUCUUGGGAUCGUGGAAGGACUCGGUGACAGUGUUGCUGAGCUGCGGAAAAAUUCACGCCUGGGCCGAGAGGCUGAUGAUCGUCCAGAGGUGCACGGAAUCCAUAGCAUGGAAGGCUUGCACAGAUCCGCGGGGUGUCCGGAGUAGUCACGGCAGUAGGAUGGGAUCGAGAGCUCAGAGCCCGAGCAGGAGGAGCAUGGAUCUGAGUAGCAGCAACAAACAGGAGCUCAUGAAAGAGUGGUGGUUUGACGAUCUUCUCAAGCUUCCAGUUGACUAUUUCAAAAAGGUGAUGGCCGCGAUACGGGUGAAAGGGAUGAAGCUGGAGCUGAUUGCUGGUGCGGUCGCGCUCUACGCUUUGAGCUGGCUUCCCCGGCGCUCCGAGAUCGAGUACGACCAGCAUUCGUUUCGAGGCAAAGGAAGGCUUCUCCUGGAACAGGUCCUGAGCAUGCUUCCUCGGGGGAAGGACUUGGUUCCCAGCCGGUUUCUCAUGCACUUGAUCCGGAUGGCGCACCUCCUGGAGGCCGACUUGCCUUGCAAGAUCGACCUCGAGCAGCGCGCAGGUACGCAGCUGGACAGCGCAGCAUUGAGCGACUUGCUCGUGCCGGCGCUCGACGCGAGCAGCUGCUGUGGACUCAAGGUUGACGUUGAUCUAGUGCAGAGGCUCGUCGAGCACUUUGUGAGGCAAGACGAGAUCGUCACGAGCAACUAUGGGAGCGGCAACUCGGUGGUGCUGGAUCAUCGAGUGAGGGUGGCGACUCUGGUGGACAAUUACCUGGCCGAGAUCUCGCAGGACAGGAACUUGAGCGUAGCGAGGUUCAAGGCUCUCGCUGAGGCUCUCCCGGACUCUUACCGCGCUUCGCACGAUUAUCUCUACACCGCCAUCAAUAUCUUCCUCAAGGUCCAUCCGGAGCUCAAGGACGAAGAACGCAAGGAUCUGUGCCAGCUUCUGGACUGUAAGCGGCUGUCACUCCAUUCCUCGAUGCACGCCGCGCAGAACGAGCGCCUCCCGCUGCGAACCGUGAUGCAGAUCCUCUUUUUCGAGCACCUCAAGCUCAAGAACAGCAGCCAGGCGAAUCAGAAGCUGCCGAUGGAGGUUCCCAAGAUCGAGGGGGGAGGAACCGCGGCGCUCCAGCAGGAGAUCCGGACGAUCCGGUGCGAGCUGGAGCAAAUGAAGGCCGACUUCUCCGAGUUCCAGAACCACUUCCGGAGCCUCAAGCUCGAGAAACAAAACAGCGAUGUCAGGUCCAAGCUUAAGAAAUUGGGUGUAAGGAUCUACUGACGAGAGGAAGAAUAUAAAAGAGAAAAACGUUCGUCUCU